AUCCCAAGCAGAGUAUGCAAGGAAAUCCCUUGCAGAGUAUGCAUGGAGACCCCAUGCAGAGCAUGCAUGGAGAUUUCAUACAGAAUAUGCAUGGAAAUCCCAUGCAGAGUAUGCAAGGAGAUUUCAUGCAGAGCAUGCAAGGAGAUUUCAUACAGAGUAUGCAUGGAAGUCCCAUGCAGAGUAUGCAAGGAGAUUUCAUGCAGAUUAUGCAAGAUCACAAGCAGAGAAUGCAAGGAGAUACCAUGCAGAGUGUGCUAGAAAAUUCCUUGGAGACUAUUCAAGGAGAUUCCAUGCAGAGAAUGCUAAGCGAUCCCAUGCAGAGUACGCAUGGAGAGUUCAUGCAGAGUAUGCAAGGAGAUUCCAUGGAGAGUAUGCAAGGAGAUUCCAUGCAGAGUAUGCAAGGAUAUUCUAAGCAAACUACACAAGAAAGUGACAAACUGAAUAUAGCCCCAGUGAAGAAUUCAAAGCAAGUUAAUGUUAACUCUGAACAAAAUCCUGAAGCCACUGGUCAAUUCUGUCCUAAAUGUGGUAAAGACUUUGGUAAAAAUAAAUCUGGUGAAUGUAAUUUUGAGAUGGAAACAUUACUAAAUCACAAAUGUGAAAACAAAUUUUUAAUCAAAGGAAAAAGAAUUAAUUGUAUAAACUGUCGUUGGGGUUUUCCCGAUUUGGUAAGUCUCCAGUUGCAUGCUAGACAGGUCCACCCAGCUGAAGCCACAUACAAUUGCACGCAUUGUGACACGGUAUGUUCCACUUGGUUAGAGCUAAUAGGUCACUGGAAGCAACACCCAUUUGUCAAAUGUCUAAUUUGCUCAAAAGAAUUUAAAGACUAUAAAUAUUUGAUGAGCCAUAGAUAUUAUGCACAUCCUGUUCAGCGUAAAAAACGUUCCAGUGUACUAUGCAAUGUUUGUGGAAAGACUUAUAUGACUCGUGGAGGAUAUCGAACACAUUAUGAUCUCGCACAUGCUGAACAGAAAUUUAAGUGUGACUUUUGUCCGAAAACAUUUGGAAGUGAAGUGACCAAAAAAAGACACUUAGCUGACACUCAUAUAAAGAAUAUGGUUUGUCACACUUGUGGGAAACUUUUCACGACCCGUAAAAGGUUGAAAUCACACCAGACAUCACACUCCAGUGAAAAGAAGUUUAAGUGUUAUAUAUGUGGAAACAAAUUCAAGUAUGAAUCAGCUGUUUAUAUGCACAUGAGAACUGUUCAUAAACAUGACAAAGCAAUUAAAAACAAAAUAUACAAAUUAACCAGCUGAACAUGACAAUUAUAUGACAAUUCUAACCUGGGACAUAUACGUGCUUAAGGAUUUUUUUUACUAGGGCUAUUGUUUUUAGUAAAUUAAGAAAAUUAAGUGACCCUAAUUGUGAAAAAUAAAACCCUAUUUUAACAAUUUUUGUUCUAUCAUGAAUGAUGUGCACAAAUCUGUACAUAGAACAUUUAACAUUGCUACAUUAUGAUAAUGGUAUAGUUUCAAGCUGUUAUGUUAUAGCCAAAGUGCCAAUAUUAUUUUUAUUCAGAUUCCAUCUAAUCAAUUUUGGUACCUACUUUAAGAGUCCCAUCUUGGAUACAAAAUAAAUGAAACAUUUAUUUCAUUAGCACACUGAAAUUUUGUUGUAUCCAGGUAAAAUAUCUUGUAUAAUGAUUACAUUUGUCAUGAUUUAGAAAAUACAGGGCGUUGAAUAAGUACUGAUAAGAAUGCUGUAACUUUUUUAUUUUUUCAUAUAUCUGACUAUUUUUGUGUGCAUUGUUGAGUAUUAUACUGACGUACUGUGAAAGUAAAAGGAAUGUGCUCUAACAGGAAGGUGGUGCUGGGUUGAGCCAAAGGUGGUUAGUGGUGGAGCAGGUCUGCACAAAAAAAGUUUCAAAAUGACCAACUUAUUGAAUAUUGCCCUUUAGUCAAUUGCUGGCGCAUAAACUUGUCACACAUCAAUGUCAUUUCUAAAUCAAUGUGAGUAUAACAUGGUGUGUGCGAGCAACAGUUGAAUCAGUCCUGUCUGCAAUUUUCCUGAUAGGAAUUCAUCCAAUAUUUCUUUUAUUGAAUCAAUCUAACUAGGGGAAGUAACAGCUUUUGGUCUCCCCUGUCUGGGUUCAACUUUAACUGACUUUCUGCCUCUUUGAAAUAGCGGAACCAUUACCAACGAUAUGCCAUACCAGGGGUACAUAGAUAUAGUGUCCUCCCUAUAAGCUUCAUGAAUGUCCUUUAUUGUAUUCUAUUUUGAUUUACCUAGUAAUACUAGAGUAUAUAGAGCUUGAUGCUGCUUCGAAUUUGAUGCUGAAUAUUUUUGAUAUUCUGUUCAGCAGCCAUGCUGUUGAUGACAUCAUUUUUGCUCACUUCGUGUGAUGUAAUUUCUCUAUGAUGUUAUCUGAUUUUAAAUUGCUCUGUGGUGUACAUUUAAUUGUAUUCUAAUGAAUUGCUCAUUUCUAACGUUUUGCUCUUUGACUUCAUCAGUAGGUGUUGUCAAGGUAUCUUAGUACCACUGUUUAUUUAAUCACCAAUUGUCAAAAUGGGUUGAAAAAUAAAGUUAUAUAUGAAAACGUUCACACUUUAAGUCUGUUAUUUUGAAUUUUUUUCGUGCAGACCUGAACCACCACAAGCCACCUUUAGCUCAACUCAGUACCACCUUCCUGUUAGGGUACAUUCUUUUAACUCUCAUAGUACAUCAGGUCAAUACUCAACAAUGUACAGGUGAAACGUCAGUCAAAAAUAUAAAAAAUUUAAAAAGUUACAGCAUUUUUAUCAGUACUUAUUGAACACCCUGUAUAAAUAUGUUUUGUAAUUCUGUCAAAAUGAUAAAAAAUCUUGUUGUCCACUGCCCAAGAUCAAAGAGAGAAAACACAUUUAUAUUUGGAUCAAUUCCAGUUAUUGAAUUAUAAAAUGCUAGACUACUUAAUUAUCUUUAAAAUGGGCAAAAGUCUAGGGCGGCCAUGUUGAGCAUUCAGUUUCAGUUGCAUAGUGUGUAUUCAUAAUCAAAUGGGCCAUAAUUCAGAUUUCUAUUAAAUGUAUUUUAUUAUGUUUUAGAAUAUAUACUAAAUGUAAGAACAAAUAAAGUUUUUAUAUGUGAACAAUUCACAUACAAAAUUGCAUGUAGAAGGGUUUUAAAGAAUCGCUAAUCAGCUUUGAAAUCGUUUGAAAUGAGAUUUCUAGAUCAGGUAGUGCCAAUCUUCAAAAACAUGAACAGGGAAAUAUCUUUUGUUUUAUCAUACAAUACUUAUAAUAAUUUUAUUUUCUGUAUAUAGAAUUUUAAAUUGAUUAUUUGUUUUAUCAUACAAUACAUUAGUAUAUUUAAUUAAUGAGAUUAAUUUAAGAGAUUAAUUAAUACUUAUAAUAAUUUUAUUUUCUGUAUACACAAUUGUAAAUUGAUGUAUUCCCAGACUGAAAGCUAUUACUUUUUACAAGGGUUGAUAAAGAUGUAUAAUAAAACAUAUUUAAUGAUAAUUGCAUUCUUAAUAUUAUUUAAUCUUCGUUCAUGAUAUAAUCUAUCUCGUAUUAUUGAAUCCACUUACAGUUAUGACACAUAGACAUAGAAUCAAUAGACUAGAUGCAAGUAGAUAUAAUCUUGAUUUAUGUCAUUAAAUAUUCAAAAUCCAGUCAAAGUGAUGUCAUAUUUGAAAUCUACAUGUAAAAGUAUGUCUAGAAAUAUGAUUUCGAAAAUUGUUUGUCACAUUUGAAUUUUUUUUUUUUUUUGAAA